AAUGAGCAAUUCAAGUACGAUGCCAUAACCGCAGACACUUCACGUUUAACAUAACUCCAAUCAAUAAUCAAGAAUGUUAACAAGCAAAAUCGCCAAAAACGCUAAUUAAUUAAGAUGUCAGGAACUAUAAGGCAAUCAGAAGAACGUCAGCUUCCUUCGGAAGUGACUAUAAUGCGAUGGUCCCCGAAAAUGGACCUCCUCGCAAUCGCGAACAUCAAAGGAGAGGUUACUCUGCACAGACUCUCAUUUCAAAGAGUCUGGUUACUCGCUCCUCAAGGUGAAUGUGGCUCUGUCGAAAAUCUUUGUUGGAGGCCGGAUGGAAAACUUCUGGCUAUAACCUAUAAAGAAUCAAAAACUUUAUACCUCGUAGAUGUUGAAAACAAAAAUAUUGCGCACAAAAGUGAGCUGGCCUCGAAAAUUUCUCCAAUUACUUGCAUGGCCUGGUUGCCUCUGUGUCUAAAUACUGGAUCCAGUAGCAAUACUUCACCAACUGGAGAUUAUUUACCGGCUUUACCAAGUUUGGAUAGAAGUUAUGGACAAGAACCUGAGAGAAAGGAUUUUCUUCUCCAGAAACUUGAUAUGUUAUUUACUGGGCAAGAAACUGGUGAAAUCGGCAUGUAUGUUUUUGGGAUGUUUUAUUGUGGAACCUUAGAAGUUGGUCAGGGACCAGUUUUGGAAAUUAAUGGCGGAUCCGGAAAACCUUUAUGGGCCAGUUGGAAAGACAGCAACGGAAUUACGGUCAACAAACUCUCAUGUCCUUUACUCGAAAGUAGCAACGCCUUUUUAAAGAUCGCCCAAGCGGAAGCCAAUGUGGAAUACCUGAUGGAUUACCUCUCGCGAACUCUCAUGGCGAUCACCGAAGCCUGGGAAACUAUCCUCCUCGAAAUGGACGAGAAGCUGACUCGCUAUGCAGAAGAUAAUCCCCCGGGCAGUGUCGCUGCUGAUUUCCUCGAACUUUUAAUGAUCGGUAUCCCUUCCGAAAAUUUAGAAAGCUUUCUUCUUCGCGAUCUGACCGAAAAGGGUCUGAAAAAGCUGGGCCACAGUAUCGAAAUGUGCUACAGUAACAUUCAGAAACUGGUCCUGAAACAUUUGAACAGUGCCGGAAUGGCUUUGGCAUACCAAGUGGCUGAAAUGCGGGGAAUGGCAAGACUCGGUGGCGAUUACGAAGCCCUGGGACUAGUCGAAGAAACUCCAAUCACAGAUGCUCUUCACCGAGUUCAAGCUUUCCUGGCAAAAACUUCCGAAGUGCAACAAGUGAUUGAUCACAGCAUGCGCGACUAUAAAGCAUUUUUUCGAUGGUUGUACGUCGUGAUAUUGAGAUUAACAGACGAAAGAGUUCCACCUGAAAUCAACAAGCUGAGUCAACAAGAAUUGACCUACAUCGCAGAAUUCCUGCGGGGCUUCGACAAUACUGAAGCCGGAAGUGGAAGAAAGGGCGUGAAUUUAGAAAAACUGGGUCAAUACUUGCGGCGAGAGCCUUUACAAAAUUGUCUGAAAUCUGAAGGCAGUGAGUGGGCAUCUAUGUUGGAUGAGAAUUUCUGUUUGCGGGAUCAUCCCCUAAUUAUUAAACAAGACCUCGACUGUUCACUUCUUCAAACCUACGAUAAAGUAGUUGAAUCUGUCAAGUGCCUCUUUGCCAAAUCCUAUCAAGGAUUAACCAACCACUUUGUCAUAUCGAAAGUUUCUCUCGGUUACGCGACAUUAUGUUUUUCUCAGAUUGUCAGCUCAGACGAUAAUUUAUUGGUCGCGACGAACGACGUCGAACAGAAGCUUCUCUACGUUUUUAAAAUCGAGCAUCAUGACGAGAAUCAAUCUGAGCUUACUUUCGAAAAAGCGACUCUAGAAUUCGAUGAAAGUCAAGGUCUCUCGACCUCAAGGUCGUCGAGCGACUGCAGAUUCAUCGACCUUCAGUUUUACUCAGCCGACUAUCUGAGUGUUUUGAUAUUCGAUGAGCAAAUGGAGUCGACCUACUUGAUUCAGUUUCCAAUAAAAAAUACGAAAUUCGCUCAUCGGGAUUCGGAUGAAAGGUUGGAUUUUAAUGAUUUAGUCGACUCGUGGCCAAGGCCUUUUCACGGAAUUAACGCGAAGCGAUUAACAGUGAGUGGACAGAGAAAGGUCGUGGCAAUUCUAAGUGAGAACAAUCGCAAGAUUCGUCUUCUCGAGACUGAAGUGGAACCUGAAGAUGAAGAGGAGGAGGAUGAGGAGGAAGAAACUGGAGAUGAUAGUAUGAUGGACAUUACAUCAAGCACGCAAGUUUAUUAGUCAUUAUUUUGAUAAAUUUUUAGAAAAAUCAUGAUUAAAUCCCAAGAUUUAUUGUACAUAGGUGUAAAUAUGUCUUAAUAAAUAAUUCCAACUUUUUCACUA